UCAGUGCCGUGUGCGGGAGACGGAGCGGCGUGCGCCUGGCGAGACAAAGGCGGCGGACCGGGGUCAGGCAGCAGCAGCAGAGAGCCGAGAACCACUGUUUUUAUUCUCACCAAAAAGACAACAACUAUCCUUGGAUUUUAGCUACGUUCCCCUGCUGGAAAGCAGAAUGAAGACACAUUGACACUCUCAGGAAUACGCUCUGACUCCAGAAAGAGAACAAAAACAACAACAGUGCCCUCUUUUCGAUUUUAAACGUUUUUCUCCUACGCCCCCCAUUUAGCGUGCUAGCUAAGCUAACCCUGUUAGCUCCCUAGCGCUGCACAGAGCUGGUCUCCUCCUCCUCCUGGCUGCUUCUCAUCUUUUCCCUCAAAACCUGGGCGACAAGCGAAGACAGGAUCUCAUCGACCAAGGCAAGAUAAAAAGAGAGUGAGUUCACUCCCAACAAACAGGCAUCGGUGAUCUGAUGUGAGAUCCACGGAGACAAUAUGCCUAGCCCUUUAUUCCACCCCGAGAUUAUGGACCACGACGUGGUGAUCAGCAGCCAGCACAACGGGGUCGGUCUUCCCCGGGAGACAGACCAGGAGUCCCGGGACGAGGACCACCAAGAGGCAUUCCGCUUCGCCCUGGACCAGCUGUCACUCAUGGCCAUGGAGAAGGUGGACUGUGUGGGCGGCGGAAUGGUCGACCCUCUGGAUGGGUCCCAGGGUCCGGGCUCUGACGGCUGUAGCGGUGUGGGCUACGUGGAUCUCCAGAUGAUGGAGCAUCCCAACGGGUCCCGGGAUUCGCCGUCGUCCUGCUCUCCAUCCCCGGAGUACUACGGCACGGGCGGGUACCACAUGGCCGGCUCCCACUCAAUGCUCCACGGGGAACAAAGCUCCGUCCUCUGCAGCAGGAAAAGAAGUGUCAACAUGACUGAAUGUGUGCCUGUCCCCAGCUCGGAGCAUGUGGCCGAAAUAGUGGGAAGACAAGGUUGCAAGAUUAAGGCCUUGCGUGCGAAGACAAAUACCUACAUAAAGACUCCAGUCAGGGGCGAGGAGCCAGUAUUCAUCGUGACAGGGCGAAGGGAGGAUGUGGAAAUGGCUAAACGUGAAAUUGUCUCUGCGGCCGAGCAUUUCUCUAUGAUCCGGGCAUCCCGCUGCAAAGCCGGAGGGCCCGGGGCAGGAGGAGGAGGAGGAGGAACCAGCACUGGCACUGGAACUGGCACGGGCACUGGCACCAGCUCUCUUCCUGGACCUCCACACUUACCUGGACAGACCACCAUACAGGUGAGGGUUCCCUACAGAGUAGUCGGUUUAGUUGUUGGACCAAAGGGAGCGACUAUCAAGCGCAUCCAGCAGCAGACUCACACCUACAUCGUGACCCCCAGUCGAGAGAAAGACCCCGUGUUCGAGGUCACCGGCAUGCCGGAGAACGUGGACCGAGCGAGAGAGGAGAUCGAGACCCACAUCACCCUGAGAACUGGAACCUUUGUAGACCUGCAGGGGGACAACGACUUCCACUCCAACGGCACUGAUGUCAGUCUUGAAGGCCUGGGCGCCCUGAGUGCGGGGCUGGCCUCUACUCUGUGGUCCAGGGCUUCUGGCCACCACUCUGCGGCCCCUCCACCUCCAGGCUCCCCACCUCCUCCUAUUCCCAUGUCCAUGCACCACUCCUCUGGCCGGAAGAUGUCCUCGUCAGCAGCCUAUCACACGCACAACGGCGGGAUGAACUCAGAGAACUUCAGCAACACUCGCAAGGCCAAUGAGUCAGGCAGCCCCACCAGCCCCUUUAGCACAGGCUCCAGCAGUGCGGGAGGAGGAUUCACUUUCGGGGGAGACUCCACCCCAGGGAUGCCCUCCUCCGAUGAACUGGGCUUCGAGUUCAGCGCCGCCAACAUCUGGGCUCCUUUCGUUAACGGUGGAGCAGGCAAUAAGACGCCCGGCCCCGCCCAGCAGCAGCCUCUACGUCGCAACAGCAGCGGCCUCAGCGGUGGCGCCAUCACCCCACGAUUGUCUCCAACUCUCCCUCAGGACACGGGCGUGGGCCCCAUGGAUCACCCCCUAGCCCGCCGUGCACAGAGCGACCCCCUCAGCACUCUCUCCUGGCUGCAGUCUGGCAACGCAGGCGGCGGCUCCUUCUCCGGAGCGUCCAGCUCCAGCUCCGCCGGCUCGUCCACCGGUUAUUCCUCCUGCUCGGCCUCCUCCCUGCCCGGCGGCUCCCCCACUGACUCCGAGGGAGGCAGCGGCGGGGGUCUCAGCUCUGGCAUGCUGAGUCGUCUGAAAGGCCCCGGGGUCGCAGGUCUGGUCGGCGUCGGCCCCGGGAUCAACAGGGACUGCUUUGUGUGUUUCGAGAGCGAGGUGACAGCAGCCCUGGUGCCGUGUGGCCACAACCUGUUCUGCAUGGAGUGCGCCGGGCAGAUCUGCCAGUCAGCCGAGCCGGAGUGCCCCGUCUGCCACACCCCCACCACACAGUGCAUCCGCAUCUUCUCCUAAUGCUCCGGCAGAGCGGCGGGGCGGAGGGUGAAAUACGAGGGAGGCGGGAAGAAGACUGGAGCGGGGCACCAGCUGUGGCAGACGGAAGGAUUCACACUAAUAACUUUCACACACACAUGAUGGACCAUAAUAAACGCAUAAUAGAGAUGAUGAUACUAUACGGAUGUUGAUUUAUUGCUGAUAACUGUCAAAAAUAAUAAUAAUAAUAAUAAUAAUAAUAAUAAUGACUGUAGUUGAUUGAAACUGGUCUGCAGACAGUUGUUGCCUCAGACGGUCAGUGAUGAACUUAUGGAAGGAAACUAGUGUCUUAUCUCUCUUCAGGCCUUCAUUUUGACGCGGCGCUGCCGGUCUCUCGACAUUUCUUCAUUCUGGCUUCUUCAGAUCUCUGCCUGCUUUUCUCACAGCCUUUCCUUUUGACACUUUUGUACUUAACAGAUAUUUUUCGAUGAAGCUGUCAAUAAGGCCUGCACUUUUCUACUCCUUAUUUUAAUGUUUCUUAACAGGAGGCAAACCGUUCCAAACCGACCCCCCCCCCCGG